AAUUUUUUGUUUCGGCCGCUAGGCUGCGCACUUGUUGAUAAAAAUUACUUUUGAUGUUUAUAUUAUUGUUUACUUUCUUAAUUUUUAAUUACUAAUUACUUAAUUUAAAUAAAAUUAUGAGUAAAAAUAAUGAGGAAAGUUUAAAACCACCGGCGGCAAAACAAAUUAAAGUCGACCCUGGGCCAUCGACUGCUGUAUCGUCUUCUAGAAGUUCGAAUCCGAUUCUCGUCAGCUCUAAGCAGAGAGGGAAUCCAUUACUGAAGAUGAUUAAAAACGUGCCCUGGGAAUACUCAGAGGUGGUGCCGGAUUACGUUAUGGGAUCGACGACAUGUGCGUUGUUUUUGUCAAUAAAAUAUCAUCAAUUAAAUCCAGAUUAUAUACAUGACCGGUUAAAAUUACUUGGCAAUGCUUAUCAGUUACGAGUACUACUCGUUCAUGUCGACGUGUCUGAGCCAAAUCACGCAUUGAAACAUCUAACGAGAAUUUGUAUUCUCGCGGACUUGACACUGAUGCUGGCUUGGAGUUACGAAGAUGCUGGGAGAAUUAUCGAAACAUACAAAAUAUUUGAGUACAAACCUCCGGAAAUGAUCAUGGAACGCGGGGAUACGAAUCCUCAGCAGAAGCUUAUCAGUGCACUGACCACAGUCAGAUCAGUCAACAAAACAGACGCGAUGACUUUGCUGAGAAACUUUGGAACAGUCGCUGAUAUUUUGAAAGCAACACCCGAGGCACUGGCUCUGUGUCCUGGUUUUGGGAUUCAAAAAGCCAAGAGAUUGCACAAAGUUCUUCAUGAAUCUUUUUUGCGUCCAAAUUCCACUCCAACUAAAUCUAAUUCUUGAUUAUUUAUCCAGCACUUAGUUAUAUA